UCGUGUCUCGCGCGGGUCUCGCUUUUAGAUUGUAAAAUGGCGCUUUGUUGUUGCAGUAAUUCAUAAUCCGUUUAUUAAUUAUCAUCACGUUGUAUAUUUUGUCAGGCUAAACGUGUUCUACACGAUGUAACGUUUGCAAACCCCGGCAAUAGGCUGGACAGGAAGAUUCAUUCAUUUGCGUGCACUAUUGGUUUUUUUAAAUAGUUUGCAAGCUGGGCUGGGUGUUAGCAUUAGCACAGUAGCUAAUAUUCUCCGUGCUGAUUGUAUCCAGACUGCGUCGCAAACAAAACGAAGAUGGGCUAUUUAAAACUAAUAGAGAUAGAAAACUUUAAGUCGUACAAGGGAAGACAAAUCAUUGGACCGUUUCAUAAAUUUACUGCAAUCAUCGGACCUAAUGGAUCAGGAAAAUCCAACCUUAUGGAUGCCAUCAGCUUCGUGUUGGCAGAAAAGACUAGUAACCUGCGUGUAAAGACUCUGAAGGAUCUGAUCCAUGGAGCGCCUGUGGGGAAGCCAGCUGCCAACAGAGCCUUUGUCAGCAUGGUGUACAAGGAAGAUACCGGAGAGGAACGCAAAUUCACAAGGGUCAUUAUAGGGGCUUCUUCUGAGUACCGCAUCAACAGUAAGGUGGUGGGCCUGCCUGAAUACAGUGAGGAGUUGGAAAAACUUGGAAUUCUUAUCAAGGCCAGGAAUUUUCUAGUUUUUCAGGGAGCUGUGGAGUCUAUAGCAAUGAAGAACCCCAAGGAGCGCACCACCCUCUUUGAGGAGAUCUCACGUUCUGGAGAGUUGGCCCAGGAGUAUGACCGGAGGAAGAAGGAGAUGGUGAAAGCAGAGGAAGACACACAGUUCAAUUACCAUCGCAAGAAGAACAUUGCUGCAGAGCGCAAAGAGGCCAAGCAAGAGAAAGAAGAGGCCGAGCGAUACCAACGCCUUAAAGACGAAGUGGCCAGGGCCAGCGUACAAUUACAGCUCUUCAAGUUGUAUCACAACGAAACUGAGAUCGAAAAGCUGAAUAAAGAGCUUGGUCAGCGGAACAAAGAAAUAGACAAAGACCGUAAAAAGAUGGACCACGUGGAGGAGGAGCUGAAGGACAAGAAAAAGGAGCUGGGCAGGCUGAUGAGAGAGCAGCAGACUAUUGAGAAAGAAAUCAAGGAGAAGGACUCCGAGUUAAACCAAAAGAGGCCUCAAUACAUCAAGGCCAAAGAGAAUACCUCACACAAGAUAAAGAAACUUGAGGCUGCACGAAAAUCUCUGCAAAAUGCUCAAAAGAUGUACAAGAAGCGCAAAGCGGACAUGGACGAGCUGGAUAAGGAGAUGAGGGCAGUGGAAUUAGCCAAGCAAGAUUUCGAGGAGAGAAUGGAGGAGGAGGCGCAGAGCCAAGGCCAGGAUCUGACUCUGGAGGAAAAUCAGGUGAAGCAGUACCAUCGUCUGAAGGAGGAGGCCAGCAAACGCGCUGCCACUCUGGCGCAGGAGCUGGAGAAGUUCAACCGGGACCAGAAGGCCGACCAGGACCGUCUUGACUUGGAGGAAAGGAAGAAAGUGGAGACGGAGGCUAAGAUCAAACAGAAGAUCCGUGAAAUUGAGGAAAAUCAGAAGCGAAUUGAGAAAUUAGAGGAUUAUAUCACCACCAGCAGGCAGUCGCUGGACGAGCAGAAGCGUAUGGAGGAGGAGCUGACGGAGGAGGUGGAGAUGGCCAAGAGGAGGAUUGAUGAGAUCAAUAUGGAGCUUAACCAGGUAAUGGAGCAGCUGGGCGACGCCAGAAUCGACCGGCAGGAGAACAGUCGACAGCAGCGUAAGGCUGAGAUUAUGGAGAGUAUCAAACGGCUCUAUCCUGGCUCUGUGUACGGCCGUCUGAUCGACUUGUGUCAGCCCACGCAGAAAAAGUAUCAGAUUGCUGUUACCAAAGUGUUGGGCAAGAACAUGGACGCCAUCAUUGUUGAUUCAGAGAAAACUGGCAGAGACUGUAUCCAGUACAUCAAGGAGCAGAGAGGAGAGCCCGAGACCUUCCUUCCUCUCGACUACCUCGAGGUAAAACCAACCGAUGAAAAACUGAGAGAACUGCGAGGAGCCAAACUGGUGAUUGAUGUGAUCCGCUACGAGCCUCCUCACAUCAAGAAAGCCCUGCAGUACGCUUGUGGCAACGCUUUGGUUUGUGAGAACGUGGAGGAUGCCCGAAGGAUCGCUUUUGGAGGGCCGUACAGGCACAAGACCGUCGCCCUGGAUGGGACUUUGUUCCAGAAGUCUGGAGUCAUCUCUGGAGGAGCCAGCGACCUGAAAGCCAAGGCCAGACGCUGGGAUGAGAAGGCAGUGGACAAACUCAAGGAGAAAAAGGAAAAACUUACAGAUGAGCUCAAGGAGCAAAUGAAGGCAAAGAGGAAGGAGGCGGAGCUGCGUCAGGUCCAGUCUCAGGCUCACGGUCUGCAGAUGAGACUCAAGUACUCUCAGAGUGAUCUGGAACAGACCAAAACCAGACACCUGUCCCUGAACAUGCAGGAGAAGUCUAAACUGGAGAGUGAACUCGCCAAUUUUGGUCCUCGCAUCAAUGACAUCAAACGGAUCAUCCAGUCCCGUGAGCGAGAAAUCACAGACCUCCGGGACCGCAUGAACCUGGUGGAGGAUGAGGUGUUUGUGGAGUUCUGUAAGGAGAUUGGAGUGAGGAACAUCCGAGAGUUCGAGGAGGAGAAGGUCAAGAGGCAGAAUGAGAUCGCAAAGAAGCGUCUCGAGUUUGAGACCCAGAAGACCCGCCUGGGAAUCCAGGUGGACUAUGAGAAGAACCAGCUGAAGGAGGAUCAGGAGAAGGUCAUGAUGUGGGAGCAAACGGUUAAGAAAGAUGAAGCUGAAAUCGAGCGACUCAAGAAGGAGGAGCACAGGCACAUGAAAAUCAUCGAUGAGACCAUGGCCCAGCUGCAGGACCUGAAGAACCAGCACCUGACUAAAAAGUCUGAAGUUAAUGACAAAAACCAUGAAAUGGAGGAGAUCCGCAAAAAACUGGGAGGAGCCAACAAAGAGCUGACCCAGCUCCAGAAGGAGGUGACCGCCAUUGAGACCAAACUGGAACAAAAGCGAAGCGAUCGCCACAACCUGCUGCAGGCCUGCAAGAUGCAGGACAUCAGGUUGCCACUUCACUCCGGAACAAUGGACGAUAUCAGCCAGGGAGAGGGGAGCUCUCAGAACGACGAGUCCAGCAGUCAGAGGACAUCCAGCAGCGUCCUGGCUAAAGAAGCUCUGAUAGAGAUCGACUACAGCAACCUGUCUGAGGACCUGAAGGACGCGUUGUCCGAGGAGGAGAUCAAAGCCGAGACAAACACACUGCAACAGCGUCUGAAUGAGCAGCAGAGCAUCCUACAGAGGAUCAGUGCGCCCAACAUGAAAGCUAUGGAGAAGCUGGAGAGCGUCAGGGACAAGUUCCAAGAAACCAGCGAUGAGUUUGAAGCGGCUCGUAAGAGGGCCAAGAAGGCCAAGCAGGCCUUUGAGCAGAUCAAGAAGGAGAGGUUUGAUCGUUUUAAUAACUGUUUCGAGUCUGUGGCCACCAACAUCGAUGAGAUCUACAAGUCGCUCUCACGCAACAGCAGUGCUCAGGCUUUUCUAGGCCCAGAAAACCCAGAAGAACCCUAUUUAGACGGCAUCAACUAUAACUGUGUGGCUCCAGGAAAGAGGUUCCGACCGAUGGAUAACCUGUCAGGAGGAGAAAAGACCGUCGCCGCCCUGGCUCUGCUUUUUGCUAUCCACAGCUACAAACCCGCUCCGUUCUUUGUUCUGGAUGAGAUCGAUGCUGCCCUGGACAACACUAACAUUGGAAAGGUGGCGAAUUACAUCAAAGACCAGUCGGUGCAGAACUUCCAGGCCAUCGUUAUUUCUCUGAAGGAGGAAUUCUACACCAAGGCGGACUCGCUCAUAGGCGUUUAUCCAGAGCAAGGAGAUUGUGUCAUCAGCAAAGUGAUGACCUUUGACCUCUCGCAGUAUCCAGACGCCAGCUCGAACCCAAAUGAAUGAAAUCCUUUUCUCCAUCAUUUGGUUGAGUUUCCUGAACUCUAGUCACGAUUAUGUAUUCAUUAGGUCUUUUUUAAUCUGCUGUUUUUAUUAUGUUCUUUUUUUAUGACCACUUGAUAAUUAGGAAGAUAUUGUUUGUAGACGGUAACGACACACAUGUACAUUUAAACGGCCUUUUCCCAAUAAUGCUUCUCUACAAUGAAUCAAAGUGGAUCCUAAACGAGUGAAAAUCUAAACUUUUUGACAAACUUAUUUGUAGUGGAAAAUGUAUUUCAAGUGGAAAAUGUGAUGAAAUUGAAAGAAUGCAAGCUGUUUUCAGAUUUGUUUUUUAAAAUAUUUUUUAUGAUUCUUUAUUUUACUUUGUGUGCUUCAAAGUCCUCUGGUGUGUUUACGUAAAUGCAUUGCAUCACAUAUGUGCUCUUUUUCCUCUUUUAUAUUUGUUGUCCCAGUGUGUUGGGUACAUUCCUUUGUGUGUUAAAGUUAAACUAAAUAAAACCGAAUUAGCUGCAGCUGGCCCUACUGUAAUGGGAAGCUUGUUGCAACCUGCUUAAAAACCAGUGAUUUCAAACACAGCAAUGGAGACUAAAUUUGUGUUAUUCUGAAAUGGCAAAUUCAGCUCCAAGAUAAUUAUGUGUAGACAGUUUUGAUUGCUUUGCUCCAAUAAAUAAUCAAUUUA